AUGGCGCGAGCCCCAGCCAAAAGGCCCAUUUUACCUCGACGAAUCUUCAAUCGCCUAUCAGAACAGUCCAAGACAGUGUUAGAGUCGCGGUCACAGCCUACCGGACCAGCGAGCAUAGCCACCGACACAACACGAUCAGUCUCCGUCUUUUUAGAGCAGACAAUACGAAACUAUGAGUGUGAAAUAGCCUAUAUAAAGGCUGCGCGCGACGGGCUCGUUGAAGCCCAGGACCUGAAAAGAAUCACAGCCGAUGAGUUUCGCACGGAAAUCGUACCUUUUCUCCAGCAGGCACAAGAAACCCAGCAGAGAUUAUCUCUUGUAAAGCACCAGAAAGAGCUCAUUGAAGAGGACCUCGAAGAUGCUAUUUCGAUCAAACGACAAAAGCAGAGCGGCGGUCCCAGUCUAGAGCUUCUAGAAAAUGCCUAUACGCAGAGCAUCCUCCCCCGCGUGAUGGCGGCUUCAGCGAGACAAAGGAAGUCUCGAUUUGAUCAGAGCGGUUUCCGUAAGGCUGUUCAGACAUUUUACGAUGUUCCUUUGAACAAGGGCUAUUGCCAUGUGCUCGGGUGCUGGCUCCCCAAAGACUAUAUGAAAGCCGCGCAUCUAGUGCCAAAGAGUCUGACAUGCGGCGAGAUCUCUUACCUUUACGGUUCCAAGUCGGACCCCACUACACGGGAGGAUCCGCGGAAUGCUGUUUGCUUGUACAGUACAAUCGAACAAGGUCUUGACAAUGGGACCAUCGUAAUACUUCCCAUCUACCAGUCAGACUCCGAAAUCGGAUCACCCACGCGAUGGAAAUGCGUACUCGCCAACGAAGGCGCCAAAAAUGACAUGAUCAUCGGGAUUGAGAAAUUCACCGCUCUGAUGAAGGAGGAGUUCCCCUCAAAGAAAUUCUUAAGAUGGGGAGACAUCGAUGGCCGGGAACUGAAAUUUGUCGGUCAAAAUCGACCUGCACGAAGAUAUCUCUACUUCCGGUUCAUAAUUACAUACCUAUUCCACAAGAGGAAUGGGGAGGCUCCAUUUGCCAAAAAGGUUGACAACCUAGAGACCUUUUGGCCCACGCCAGGGCCAUAUCUUCGGAAAUCGAUGCUGGUUGUGCUCGCGAAGAACGUUUCUAACUGUAAUAUCCCGGACAGUAUACUUGACACGACGACGUUCGAGGACGAUGAAAGUUCUUCUCCCAUCACAGAUGGGUCCCCUAAGUGGGACCCUAGCCUCCCAAGACAUCACUGA